AUGUCUCAACCUCCAGGUUUUGUCAACUCUUACCAACCAUCUCAUGUUUGUAAGUUACAUAAAUCCCUAUAUAGCUUGAAACAAGCACCAAGGGCUUGGAAUGAGAGGUUUACCAAUUUUUUGCCUUCUCUGGGUUUUCUUACAAUAUAUUUAGACUUCUUCUUGUUUGUGAAACAUGUUGGACAUUUUGUGGUCAUUCUUUUGCUAUAUGUGGAUGAUAUAAUCAUCACAGGCAGUGCUACUGUAGCUAUUACUGAUGUUAUACAGGCUUUAGCUCAAGAAUUUGAUAUUAAAUAUUUGGGACCCCUCCAUUACUUCUUAGGGAUCCAAAUUGCUCAUCAUUCUACUGGAUUAUUCCUUUCACAGUCUAAGUAUGUUUCAGAUUUGCUUCACAAGACUGAUAUAGGUCUUUCAAAACCGUGUAAUACCCCUUGUCUGCCUUAUACCAGGUUACUUAAAGAUGAUGGAAAACCCUUUCAUGAUCCAGCAUUGUAUCGAAAUGUGGUGGGUGCUCUGCAAUGUCUUACAUUUACAAGACCCAACGUUGCUUUCUCUUUGCAUCAAGUGUGUCAGUUUAUGCAUUGUCCCAUGGAAUCUCAUUUUAUAGCUGUGAAGAGAAUCCUCAGAUACUUGAAAGGCACAAUGGAUUAUGGUGUUCAACUAAGCAAAAAGGAUUUAUGUUUAACUGCAUUCAGUGAUGCUGACUGGGCUGGGGAUCCAAAUGACAGACGGUCUACUAUAGGUUUGGUGGUCUAUUUAGGGUCUAGUCCCAUCUCUUGGUCAUACAAGAAACAAAAUACCGUUUCUAAGUCCUCAACUGAAGCUGAGUACCGAGCACUUUCAUCCACAGCUGCAGAGAUUGACUGGAUCACUUAA